AUGAACUUUUUCGCUCGCGUCACAUCACGUCCUCCCCUGCUAGAACAAACCAGCUCGGAAGUUGAAACAACGAAGGAGGGGGAUAGAAGGUUAAAUGCGAUAAUCAUGGGCCGAAAGACGUAUUACUCCCUGCCCAAGAGUCUUCGACCCCUCAAAGACCGACUAAACGUAAUCAUAUCGCGGGACGAAUCCGGGUCCGUGGCGGCGGAAGUCGAGAAUGAUCUGGCAAGACAGCAAGAGAAAGCGCGCAAUGAUGGCAGGGAUGAUAAAAGAGAUGCGUUGGUAGCGCAUGGUCUAGAGGUUGCGCUGAAACAGCUUUUGGGGCAAAGGCAGGAUUUGGGGCAUGUUUAUGUUAUUGGUGGUGGGGAAAUAUAUGAGUCUUCCUUGAAGUUGUCGUCGUCGGCUUUGACGGAGUCGAAGAUUGUGCAGAGGAUCUUGAUGACUAGGGUCAAAAGAAGGGAUGGAGAGGAGUAUGAGUGCGAUACGUUCUUCCCACUUACAGAUGAGGAUUUGUCGAGCGCGGAUAAGAAGGGUUGGCGACAGGCUGGAGCCGAGGAGGUGACUGGUUGGGUUGGGGAGAGGGUUGGCGAGGAGUGGAGUGAGGAGGGUGAGGUUGCGAUUAAGAUCGAGGGUUACGAGAGGGCUUGA